AUGGCAGUGGCCUCCGCAAGCUGGACCACGCACAACAACAUGCGCAUCAAGCUAACCGACUUGCCACUCGACGUGGUCCACAUCGUCAUCGCACACUGCAUGGAUCAUCGUCGGCCCCCUCCGAAGUGCCAUAGUCAGCUCGACCACAACGGAAUCGGCCCCAUGGGACAAAAACCAAGACCUCAUCAGGAAGACUGCGCGCCCUAUGCAGGCCAAACCAGCCAGGAGGGACCUUCCUCCGGGAAGCUCCCUGAAGUUUCGUGGCCAGAAGGGCUCCCUUCCAAUCCAUUAGUCUCACUAUCGUUGGUCAGCUGCACCUUUCGACAGUGCGCCCAGGAGAAACUCUUCCAAAAUGUGCGGAUGUCCGAUCAAUGCCAGGCUUACCUCUUCCUUCGAACCCUCACUCGCUCAUCCAUUGCACACAAAGAACGAAUGCCCCCAAGCGCCCAUCUCAAUAGCCAGGCCGAGCACAAUGCUCGAGAGGGCCGGACCGAAAACGUGCCAUCAUCGGAGAUCAAAAGUUCUGCUGUGAACGAACUAGCCCGACAAGUUCGCUCGAUCCAGUUUGGAUGGCAGGAAUGGAGUACAAUGGGGCUGGGCGGUGGCUCUUUAAUCUGUGAUAUCCUCCGUAACUGUCCGCUGCUCAAAAAUAUCGCCAUCGAUAUCACGUUCUACGAGUGCUGCAAAGAACCCAUGCUGAAAGCUCUGGAGAGUCUACGACAUAUCAAAGAGUUUGUCAUUCUGAGUAACGCCGGAGAAGACACAAAAUUCCUCCAAUGGCAAGCCGAUGAAAUAGUCAAUCGAUUGUUCUCCAAAUGGGACCUCCUCGAGACGGUUGAACUCGAUAGGAUCUCCUUUAGCCGGCCGGACAAGAUGAUCGAGUCAGUUCAAAGACCGAUACCUACCCUCAAUUGCGCGCUACGCACAAUAAUCUUGCAUGAGCCUCAACUGGACGAGGGGGAGCUGUCCUGGAUGCUGAAGAGCGCUUUUGAGAGCAUGCGAACACUCACGCUCAUUACAUCACUCUCGAAAAUCGACAGAGCGGGCUUAUGUAGAAUCCUGAAAGAAUGCACUGGCCCAAAUUUAGAAUCUUUGACGCUGGUGGUAUAUGGUACUUUCCGCACUUCCAAGAAGCAGCAAGUCGAAUCUCCUGAUGACCCUAACAAAAAUCCUGGCCUGUUAGACAUUGUCUUCAAGUCAUCUUCUGCUUUGAGGAAUCUCAAAUCGUUGUCGAUUAAGGGUGAUCUAGUCGGAUCCGAGUUCUUGAACCUCUUGCCUCAAUCUAUCGUGAAGCUUGGCUGGAGCAAUAACGGCAAGCCCGUCCCGGCUUCAAGGCUCGCUAAAGUACUCUCAAAUCGCAGGGAAAAAGAGGGCAGACAAGGCCCUCCUGAGCCAUCUCAUUCCCAACCGAACUCUCACUCGAAUCACUACGUCCAAUGGCUACCUAAUUUAAAGUGUUUCUCAGUCGGCAUGUCUUACUUGUGGUCCGACGAAAAACGGAGAUUAAUUUUAAAAGCGCUGAAAGCACGAAGGGUGUGCCACCAUGGUAUCAGCGAUGAAGAGGAUUCCUCAGAUGAGGAAAUGUCUGAUAGCUCAGACCCUCCCGAUGGUGAAGAUUCGGUCUCUGAUAGCUCGGACUCUCCCGAUGAUGAAGAUUCGGUCUCUGAAAGCUCUGACCCUUCCGGUGAGGAAGAUUCUGUGUCUGAUAGCUCCGACCCUUCCGGCGAGGAAGAUUCUGUGUCUGACGGUCACGGCUCCGAUCCUUCCGAUGUCGAAGAUUCUAUGUCUGAUAGCUCCCUCUAA